AGCAGCAGCAGCAGCAGCAGCAGCAGCAGCAGCAGCAGCAGCAGGACGACGACGACGUGGCGGCGGCGGCGGCUCCGGCCAUGGGGCAGUGCGGGAUCACCUCCUCCAAGACCGUCCUCGUCUUCCUCAACCUCAUUUUCUGGGCAGCAGCAGGCAUCUUGUGCUAUGUGGGAGCCUAUGUCUUCAUUACGUACGACGACUACGACCACUUCUUUGAAGAUGUUUAUACGCUCAUCCCUGCAGUGGUUAUCAUAGCAGUGGGGACACUUCUUUUUAUAAUUGGUCUGAUUGGCUGCUGUGCUACAAUCCGGGAAAGCCGCUGUGGUCUUGCCACGUUUGUGAUCAUCCUCCUUUUGGUUUUUAUCACAGAAGUUGUGGUCGUGGUUCUUGGUUAUAUCUACAGAGCAAAGGUGGAGGCUGAAGUCAACCACAGUAUUAAAAAAGUGUAUAACACAUACAAUGGGACUAACCCGGAUGCUGCCAGCCGUGCGAUUGAUUAUGUGCAGAGGCAGCUGCACUGCUGUGGAAUCCGUAACUUCAGUGACUGGGAGUCAACAAACUGGUUCAAAGAAAGCAAAAACAACAGUGUGCCCCUCAGUUGCUGUAAAGCCACCACCAGCAAUUGUACAGGAAGCUUGGCCCGCCCCACAGACCUUUAUGCUGAGGGAUGUGAGGCAUUGGUUGUAAAGAAACUACAAGAGAUCAUGAUGUAUGUUAUCUGGGCUGCACUGGCAUUUGCUGCCAUUCAGCUGCUGGGUAUGCUGUGUGCCUGCAUUGUGCUCUGCAGGAGGAGUCGGGACCCUGCCUAUGAGCUGCUCAUCACUGGAGGAACCUAUGCCUAGGCGAAGCUGCAAACUGAAGCUUGAACUCCGUUUUCUCCCUUUGGAAGGUGGCUUAGCCUGGUCAGCUGCAGCCAUUGUCUUUUCAACUUGGGCAGAGGCACGCCUUUCAUAAACUGGGACAGCUAGCACAUACACUGGUGAUGGGCAGAGACUUGGCUUUCGAUACACCCAUAUUACUGCGACACACACACACACACACCCUACCAUUUUAACCAGCUUUCCACAUAUCUGUUCAUGUUAGUAACCAAGUAAACACAGUUUUGGAACCACUUACAUAAACAAGGCAACUUGGCAAGAAAGCUCGUGGUGUGCCAAAACGUGGUAAGUUGAUUGCUUGGCACUGUACUGAUUUGAUUCUUACAUGCUGAAUUCUUCAGCUCUUCGCUGGGUGGAAUAAUAGGGCAAAGUAGUAUGAGGGAGGGAAGUCAGCUACCUUUGCAAGACCCUAACUAUUUUUUUACCUCUUUUUUGUUUUUUUUGCUGCUUGCCUCUCACCAGUGUCUGUCUAUCUUUUUUUUUUAAAGCAUUAAGUCAAGUCCCAAACACUAUAAAAUGACUACUAACCAAAAUUUUAGAAUCACACGAGUGCAUCUCUUGACCUUCUUAAAUUCAAAUGAACAAAUCUUCCAAACUUUUAGUGUCCAAGCUGGUUUUUCAGGAGUAUAAUGUAUGCACUACUCUUCUAUAAUGAAUAUUUCAUUUUUUUUUCUAUGAAGAAGCUGUUUAUGUAUUGAGUGAAUUGUUAUCAUAGAGUAGCAAAUAGUAUGUGAAAGUGAAAUGUAAAUAGGAAAUCUGAUUAAAUAAAUCUUCUGAACAUCUCUCUCAAAACUAAAC